AUGGUGCGGUCAUGGUGUGUUCCUGAGGCCAUCAACCCUGAGAAGCGGGCCUCGGCAGACGUGCAUCCUGUGCGCGUGGCGGGCACUGUCCCGAGUGAUUGCGAUGACGAAUACCCCGAUGACGUUGGCGAGCCUUCAGCUGCGUGUGCUAGUCCUGCUGCUUCCUCAAGAACACUCGAACCACAUAUGGGUGAACAUGGUGACCAAGAUACCGUCAUGCCUUCCACCAGUUCUUCCAAAGAAGAGAUCAACAGUGCAUCCGAGGACGGUGCACAGUCAGGAGAGGCCGUAUAA